AAAAAAAAAGGCUAUCACCGUCAUGGCUGGAAAGUUGCUCGAAAUGACGGAGAAAUAAAGGAGAUUUCCAUCUUCAUCACUCCCCAACCUCUAAAAAUAUGCAGCCGCAGCUCUUUUCACCUCUGUCUCUUCUCUGACGUAUCCAAGUUGCCGGCAAGCAGCCGUCUAUCUAUUUAAUUUUGGAAUGGGGGUAUGUAAUUGUCAGAUAUAAGUCAUUCACACGUUUUCUUUAAACCUUCCCCCUUUUCUUCCUCUUUUACCUUUUCUCCAUCAAAUCUACCUAGACUUCUCCCAUGAACCAAAAAACACCUAUAGAAAUUCUCUUUCCGUCCAAACUUCCUUUAUAGGGGGGGAGGGGAGGGGGAAAAACCCCACCUCUUCAUACUCUAAGUUUGUGCCUCACGAGAGACACCAUGGUUCUGCGAAACCUGAUUCUUCUCGGAAUUGUAAUUGUUUGUCUUCUCGUGGUGAUUCGGGUGCUUCUCUUCAAGACGGGGUUGAUUUAUAUCGUGAAGAAAUGGUGGAGAUGGAUCGAGGAUUGUUUUCAUGUGACCCAGUUCCUCAAAGUCCCCGAAUACAACGAGAACAUGCAGGAGAAUCAGCUUUACAAGAAAGUGUCACUUUACCUCAAUUCCUUGUCUACCCUCGAAGAUUCCGACUUCACGAACCUCGUCACCGGCAAGAAGCCCAACGACAUCGUUCUCUGCCUCGACCCCAACCAGACCGUCGAGGACAACUAUCUCGGUGCCAUAGUAACCUGGACCAACGGCGACAACAUCGAACAAAACGGUAGCAGGAGCUUCGUGUUGAAGGUCAGAAAGGCCGACAAGCGCAGAAUCCUCAAGCCGUAUCUCCAGCACAUCCACACGGUGGCCGAUGAAAUCGAGCAGAGAAAGCAGCGGGACUUGAAGCUCUACGUGAAUAUCAAUAAUCCAGACGAAGACGAAGAUCGUCAUGAUCAUCUUCUUCAUCGCCGCGAUGGCGGUAACGUACGGUGGAGAUCUGUUCCCUUCACGCACCCUUCAACGUUCGAAACUGUCGCCAUGGAAGACGAUCUCAAAAACAAGGUGAAAUCCGACCUCGAAUCGUUCCUCAAAGCCAAACAGUUCUAUCACCGGCUAGGCCGCGUUUGGAAGCGGAGCUAUCUCUUGUACGGCCCACCUGGAACUGGGAAGUCGAGCUUCGUGGCGGCCAUGGCUAAUUUUCUAUCCUACGAUGUCUAUGAAAUUGAUCUUUCGAAGAUUCUAAACGAUUCCGAUCUGAAUUUUGUUUUAUUACAGACAACAAGCAAGUCUAUUAUUGUCGUAGAAGACCUUGAUCGGUUUCUGACGGAGAAAUCAACGGCCGUGAGUUUCUCCGGCGUGUUGAACUUCAUGGAUGGGAUAUUAAACUCGUGCUGCGCUGAAGAGAGGGUUAUGGUUUUCACGAUGAAUAGCAAGGAUCACAUUGACCCAGCUUUACUUAGACCCGGUCGUAUCGAUGUUCAUAUUCAUUUUCCUCUUUGUGAUUUUGUAGCAUUCAAAACGUUGGCCAAUAGCUACUUGGGGCUUAAGGAUCACAAGCUUUUUUCUCAUGUGGAGGAGAUUUUUCAAAGCGGGGCGAGUUUGAGCCCGGCCGAAAUUGGUGAGCUGAUGAUUGCGAACCGAAACUCGCCGAGUCGGGCUAUAAAAUCGGUCAUCACGGCGUUGCAAACGGACGGUGACGGGAGGGGUGUCGGGAAGAUCGGAUCGCGAUUGGGAAAUAACGGGCCGAGAAAGUCCGUGGAAGAAGCGGGCGAAACGGGUGGGGUUUUUUGCGGUGAAGGUGGUCAUACAGUUAAGGAGGAGUUUCGUAAAUUUUACGGUUUCUUGAGACUGAAGACCAACAAGGUCUCUCAUUCUCAAUCGUUCGAUUCGAGUUCAGCGCAGAAGGAAGGGUGAGUGCAUGUAUGCUUCAGAAAUGUUUCGGGAAAAAUUCCCACGAUUCCGACGUGUCAGAAUUUCAAUGGGGGAGGGGGUAUAGAACAAAAUUCAGAUAUGUGGGCAUAUCUUUGAGACGUCAUCAAUUGGGGCUAUCUAAGAUUUCUUGUACACAUUCAUACAGGCAUAGUUUUGUGCUGUCGGUAUUUAAUUUGUUGGACCCAUUGAUUGCAGAUGCCCAAAUUAGAAAAUAUGAUUCAUUCUAUGAUUAUUUUGCCUUCAUCAAAUGUCUUUCACUUUGUUAGGCAGCCCCAUUGGAAUGUAAACGGAACAAUACUAGUCUCAUGGUUAAUAGGAUACGUGCUCAACGUGUACAGCUUGUUGAUUUGUUUA